AUGGCUGAAGUUCAUGAUAUGUCGUGGGUUAUGGCGGGCGAUUUUAAUAAGCCAUUAUUGGAGGGAGAUAAAUUUGGAGGAAAGGGGUGGAGUGUAAAUAGAGCUCUUCAGUUUAAGAAGUGUUUGGAUGCUUGUAGCAUGAUCGACUUAGGCUUUUUGGGUCCGCGGUUUACAUGGACUAACAGAAGGGAGAUUCAGGCUCUUAUUCAGGAGAGGAUUGAUAGAUUCUUUGUCAACUCCCAUUUGUGUCUGAUGUACCCUGAGGCUCGUGUGGUCCACCUUACAAGGUGCCAUUUUGACCACUCUCUGAUUCUGAUGGAAUUGCAGCCUAGAGUUCAUGAGAAUAGGAGGAAAUUAUUUAAGUUUCAAACUUGUUGGCUGUCUAAUUGCACCUUCCCUACUUUAGUUAAUCAGGCUUGGAGGCAGAGCACGGGUUUGGCGCAGGCUAUUGAGUCAUUCACUAAAGACGCAACUAGGUGGAAUAAGGAGUAA